AUGACUACAUACCUCCAUAUCCCCAUGUCCCCGUGCCCCCAAACCUCCAAGCCUCCAGUCCCCAUGCCUCCAUGUCCCCAUGCCUCCAAGCACCCAUGCCUCAAAAUACCCAUGCCUCCAAGCCUCCAAGUCCCCAUGCCUCCAAGUCUCCAAGUCGCAAUUGCUCCAAAUCCCCAUGGCUCCAAACCUCCAAGCCUCGUCCCGAUGCCUCCAAGCCUCCAAGCCUCCAUGUCCCCAAGCAUCCACGUCCCCAUGCCUCCAAGCCUUCAAAUCCCCAUGCCUCCAAGUCCCCAUGCCCCCAAGCCUCCACGCCUCCAUAUCCACAUGCCUCCAAGUCUCCAUGUCCCCAUGCCUCCAAGUCUCCAUGCUUUCAAGCCUCUAAGCAUCCAAGCAACCAAGUUUCCAAGCCUCCACGCCUCCACGCCUCCACGCCUCCAAGUCUCCAAGUCUCCAAGCCUCCAAGUCUCGAAGCCUCCAUGUCCCGAUGCCUCCAAGCCUCUAAGCCUCAAUGUCCCCAUGUCUCCAUGCCUCCAAACGUCCAAGCCACUAUGUCUCCAAGCCUCCAAGUCACCAUGGCUCCAAGCCUCCAAGACUCCAUGUCCCUAUGCCUCUAAGCUUCUAAGCCUCCAAGAUCUCAUGCCCCCCAUGUCUCCAUGCCUCCAAGGCUCCAUGCCUUCAAGCCUCCAAGCCUCCAAGCAACCGAGUUUCCAAGCCUCCAAGCCUCCGUGGCCUCAAAGCCUCAAUGUCCCCAUGCCUCCUAGCCUCCAUGUUCGCAUUGCUCCAAGCCUCCAAGCUUCCAUGUCCCUAUGCCUCCAAGCAUCCAAGUCCCAAUGCAUCCAAGUCUACAAGCCUCCAAGUCCCCUUGCUUUCAAGCCUCCAUGA